AUGAAGCCCCCAAAUGUGUCCAGUGUCACUGAAUUUCAGCUGCUAGGAUUCCAGAACCUUCUUGGAUGGCAGACACUGCUCUUUGCCAUCUUCCUAUUCAUCUAUUUUCUCACAGUCACAGGAAAUGUUGUCAUUAUUGCAGUGGUGAGCCAGGACCAGCGGCUGCACUCACCCAUGUAUGUACUUCUCAAACACCUCUCAUUUCUGGAGAUCUGGUAUACAUCCACCAUUGUGCCCCUUCUCCUAGCCAACCUGUUCUCUCACGGCCAAGCCAUCUCCUUCCCUGCCUGUAUGGCACAGCUUUACUUUUUUGUGUUCUUUGGGGCUACUGAGUGCUUUCUUCUGGCCAUGAUGGCCUAUGACCGAUACCUGGCCAUCUGCAAACCACUCCACUACUCUUUCCUGAUGAGUCCUGAGAUCUGCACCAAGUUGAUGGCAAUCUCCUGGUUGACAGGUGUAGGCACAGGAUUUCUGCCCUGCCUAAUGAUUUCCAAAUUGGAUUUCUGUGGUCCUAAGCAGAUCAAUCAUUUCUUCUGUGAUCUCCCUCCCCUCAUGCAGCUCUCAUGUUCCAAUGUGUAUGUCACCAGGAUGGUCAUUUUCAUCCUGUCAAUUGCAGUGCUGUGCAUUUGCUUUCUUCUUACACUUGUGUCCUAUGUUUUCAUUGUAUCUACCAUACUGAGAAUCCCUUCAGCAUCUGGACGGAUGAAGACCUUUUCCACAUGUGGCUCCCAUUUGGCUGUUGUCACUAUCUACUAUGGGACCAUGAUCUCCAUGUAUGUUCGCCCCAAUGACCACCUGUCACCUGAAAUCAACAAGAUCAUUUCUGUUUUCUACACUGUGGUCACCCCACUCCUGAACCCUGUUAUAUACAGUUUGAGGAACCAAGAAUUCAAAGAGGCAGUUAGAAAAGUCGUGAGAAAAAAGUGUGGUAUCUAUAGAGUAAGAGUGAAGGGGGGUUUCUAUGAGGAGAAGAAGAAUGGAGGUGGUAUCCUAGGCAGGGAGCAUGGUGUGAAUGUCAGGAAAAGAAGCCUGGGGAACAUGGGGAUGGAGGAAGAAGAUGAGUUUGGAGACGAGUUUGGAUCAUUGAAAGCCCUAUAA